AACGUCUAUGUUCUUUUAUUUGUAGCUUUAGCACGACUGAACAGUUUGGACAUAAGUGAGGUUAUGUUUUUGUGAAACUUUUGUGUUUUGUAAGGUAUUAGACGCUGGCACGUUUAACACUAUUAAAAGUUCAUAUGAUUUCAUGCUACCUUUAUAUUCAGCGGUAUUGAGAGGAAGACUUUGAUAUUUUGCUCUUUGGUUGUUGAGCCAUGUAAGGAUAGUGGGUUAGUUCGUUGCUGAAAACACAAUUUCUCAGCAAAUCUGGAUGAAAAGCGGGAAGUAAUGAUAGCCGCCUCCGAACCCCAGGAAUUUGUGCCGCGUGGCCGGCAGCAGAUUAAAGAACAUCCCGGGGAGGUGGUGUUGCCAUCUACACAACCACAGCUGCGUCCUGAAUCAUUACUGCUCCAUCGUCUUAGUCAAGUGGCUAUAUCAGAUACUCCUAAGGAAUCAGAAUGGUGGUGCAUCUGUACUAGUAAGAAUGGUGAUCCUGAGUGUGAAGAGGAGCUGUAUGUAAAAGGAAAGACGGCUGUCUGGAGCCGGGGCGUUGACGGCAGUCAGGUGGUGCUCUGUUGCUACACGUGUGAGACGCCUGUCAAACAUGCUCUGUGGUGCACAUUCCACAGUUCUGCAUCUGACAAACCUGUCCUUGAAAACAAUGAAUCCACAUUCACAGAUGAACCUAAAGGUAUACCCAUGUCAUGUGUCUGUAUAAUUGACUCUGAUAAUGUGAAGAUAUUCACCAGUGAGGGCGAAGAUUAUGUUUCAUCCCUGCAGUUCCAGGUGGCUAAUGUGUGGAGCACCAAGUAUGGCAUUAUAUUGGAGCGAGCCACAGAAACAACAUCAUCAAAGGUUGGCUGCAACUCUAUGUUUGAUAUGCACAGUUCUUUUGGGAAUUCCUUGCAGCUGCCCACCGUUUUUGCAUUACUUCAUCCAAUGGAUGAUGUUUCUCCAGUAUUGGCUAAACAUGGAAGUUUGUUCCACAUGUCAGACCCAUGCCAAAGGAUUGUGUUCACAAGUGAGGAACCAUCUAUUUGCAUGCUAUACGACUCCAAAACAGGCCUGCACAGUGUAUGGAAGAUUCGCAAGGCAGUACCUGAGGAGAGUCAGGCUAUGUGGAGCUAUUUCGAGAGUUCGCUGAACCAUUCAUCUGGAUCAAUGUUGGCUGGGGGCAGUAAUGGCAGCAACAAGAUAUAUUCUGUAUUUACCAGCACGGCAGUAGAUGGCAUCAAGACCAGCUUCACUUCCUCACCUCAGAUGUCACGUUCUCACAGCCCCAUGGCUGCUAUCAGCCGUUGCCAGUCCCCCAGUGUUUCUACUAGUAAUUUGGCUCGCCUCACUCUGACUCCAACUUCUCUUGGAUGGCGGUCGCUUUGCCAGAAUCAGAUAUUCUCAUUGUCUCCAGGCUCUGCGACUCCACCCCCUGAUGCCAGAAUGAUGACGAGUCAGCCCCUGGUGGAUAACCAGGUGGAGGCAAAACCUAUUUAUCCUGAACUGUGUCUAGAACAUAUAUGGACUGAGAACCUUGGUGUGCCUCGGGAUGUCUCAUAUGGGCCCACCAAGAGGGUGUUUCUGAGUUCUGAUCUAGUGGGGCAGACCUACUUGUAUUACUUGGUGCCCACACUUGGCCAACUGUUCUGCGCAAGACUCGAGAAGGCUAACAAGGAGCAGAAACUGAUCUUUGGAGUUGUAAAUAACAUCACUGCCAAGGAUGCUGCUCCUCUUCCGCAUUUGAACAUGAUCGCAACAGUGGAUUUAAGUGGAGGCAUUGUGCUGUACUCUGGGAUUAAUCUUGUUGGUAAAGUUCAUGUAGCGGGAAUACCAUCCGCUCUUACAACAUCUUCAUACCUGUCACUCAAUCUUGGCUCGCAAUUUGCUUCACCAUUUCCCAGGAGGAGCAGCCUCUUGCCUUCGAGCCGACCAGCGUCGGGCAUGGAGCCGCGUUUCGAUGAUGAGGUGUAUAUGUUAUCUCCUGUUCAUGCUUCGCAUGAAGGUCUUGAUAAUUCACCAUCUGCAGAAGAUGCAAAAGGUUUUACACUGUACACACCUCGACAGGGACAACUAGCAGGACUCAGAGAUGCAGUUGGCAGCCGUGUUACUCUGGAAUACAGCGAUGGCUCUCUCUUCCGAAUCUCACUGCCGCAGCUUUGCUCCAGUCCACUUGUGUCAGAAUGUCUGAGCACCCUGAAGCAAGUUCUACAGCGGGACCUUGCCAUGCAUAUCAUCAUCAAAUGGUAUGGCAUACGCAAUGCCCCAGGUACUCAGGAUAUUUGUCCAGUUCAAGAGUGGCAACUGUUCACUGGGGUACUGCUUGAACUUGUGGGCUAUGAUGUGGAGAAGUUGCCUGUGAUGCAGCAGCAGGAGUCACAUGGGGCUGGAACAUCAGGCAUCCUCAACAAGAAGAAGCGAGUAUCAGAUAGUGGGUCGGAAUGGGACUGGAAUUACCUGCUGCUUUCAGGCCACCACCGCUCACUGGGCCGUGGGCUGGCUUGUUUGCUGGGCCUGGAACCUGUCGAGGCUGUGGUCCCACCCUUCAGCCCAUUGCCUGUCCCGCAGAUCAAUACCAAUGCAGUACUCUUCAACAGUAUUCCUCUCAUAUUGUUCUCUCUGCAUAUGCUGUAUGAGGAACUGAAGCUGAACAUGCUGCUAGCAGAGAGCUUGCCACUUCUGUCCCAGCUCCUACACCAGCUGGCCUGUGAUCUCCAUCUGCAGGAAUAUGUUCUCCAUUACUGGAAGGACUUUCCAUUCCACUGUCCCCUGGUGACCUGCACACUGCAAGAGAGCCAGGUCACAUCAAUAGACCUCAAGAAACUGUCGUUGCCAAGCUUCAUACCAGCAGAUCCCCCAAGUAUCUUCCAGCAUUGUUACCAGUUGAUACGCAAACAAGAUGUAGAGCCUUUUCCGUACAUCAGUCAUGUCAACAAGAAGACGAAAGACAUCGUGCAGUUAGUAGCACUGCUAACUCUUGGCUAUCAGUUUCCUCACCUGCAGUUAGAUAGCUUUGUAAAACCAGUGGUUCCCCCUGGGAGCAGGGCAGAGCCCCAUGAAUUGCUGUCAGCCCUUGACACAGGAAACAGUACAAAGUACCCAGUGCCUUAUCGAGCUGUGCUACUCAUGGCUGAGAUGGGCAUCACACGACGAGAAUUGCAGACGUUGCCAGCCGGCAUAGCUCUGUUGCUCAAUGAUGCCAUCUACAGCUGUCGUUCAGACCCACCAUCUGACUGGCCAGAGUCAGCAUACAGACUGAUAGUGCGACAAGACCUUGCUGCACAUUGUUGCCAUCCUAAGCAGCCAGCUGGACCCGGCAGUAGGAGUGGUGACAGUCUGCACACGCGUCUCCCCCAGCCUCCUUAUCAGUAUUCCAGUUUUAAUGAUACCAGCAGGAAAACAGCUGUAGCAGCUGCUACUCGAAUGACAGAGUGUGAGCAGGAUGAUGGAAUGGAGGCCAUAAACCAGGAAAAGGUCCUGAAACCAGUGCAGAUUACCAUCACGCAGCGUCCCGAGGUGUCAGACCAUGAGUUUAUAGAGGAACAAGAGAAGCACUUGUAUGCCAUCUGCACCCGCACCAUGGCACUGCCUGUUGGCAGGGGAAUGUUCACUCUUCGCACUGUUGCUCCUGUGGUGACUGAGACACUACCCAUUCCCCGCCUGUGUCUCACUGGACGAGCUCCCCCAAGAGGCACCACAGUGGAUUUGUCACAUAUUGAAGUUGUUCCUAACAUGAACCUGUGGCCACUCUUCCAUAAUGGAGUUGCUGCUGGCCUCCACAUUGCUCCCAGUGCAUCCAAUAUUGACUCAAAUUGGAUUGUAUUCAAUAAGCCAAAGGGUACAAAUGAGGUACCAACAGAGCAUGCUGGCUUCCUCAUGGCAUUGGGUUUGAAUGGCCAUUUGAGUAACCUGGCCCAUUUCAACACAUAUGAGUAUCUGAUAAAGUGUCAUGAAAUGACCAGCGUGGGACUGUUGCUAGGUGUUGCAGCUACCAAAAGAGGCACAAUGGACAUGGCCGCUACGAAACUGAUGAGCAUCCAUCUUGAGGCACUAUUGCCACCCACAUCAAUUGAGCUUGACAUUCCACAGAAUAUACAGGUUGCAGCACUGCUUGGAAUAGGGCUUGUUUUUGAAGGAACUGCCCACAGACACAUUGCAGAGGUGUUGCUCUCAGAAAUAGGUCGCCCACCAGGACCUGAGAUGGAGAACAGUGUGGAUCGGGAAUCUUAUUCGCUAGCAGCUGGACUUGCUCUUGGACUCGUGGUUCUGGGGAAGGGAUCUAAGCUGUGUGGACUGGGGGACUUGGCUGUGCCUGAUACACUGCACUACUACAUGGUAGGGGGCCACCGUCGCCCCCUCUCAGGGUCCCAGAAGGAGAAGUACAGGUCCCCAAGCUACCAGAUCCGAGAGGGUGAUUCUGUCAACAUUGAUGUUACUAGUCCUGGAGCAACGCUUGCACUUGGUAUGAUGUACUUCAACACUGGCAACAGAGCUGUAGCGGACUGGAUGAAGGCUCCUGACACACAGUAUCUACUGGAUUUUGUGCGCCCAGACUUCUUGCUGCUCCGAAUUAUUGCCCGUUCUCUCAUCCUGUGGGAUGACAUCCUGCCCACAUCAGAAUGGGUGGAAUCAAACCUUCCUGCCACUAUCCGUCCUUACUGUCUGGUGAAGCCUCGUCCAGGGAUGCCUGACAGUGUGGACUAUGAAACUAUGAAUCAGGCUUAUUGCAACAUACUGGCUGGAGCGUGUAUGGCUUUAGGGCUGCGGUUCGCUGGUUCUGCCAACAACGAGGCAUUUGAGACGCUGUUCAAGUACGCAAAGACAUUUACAUCCCUCACCGGGAAGUCUAUUGCAGAACUUGCUGGCAAGUCAACUAUAGAGAUCUGCCUCAAUGUGAUCCUCCUCUCCCUUGCUAUGGUGAUGGCUGGUACAGGCGAGCUUGAGGUGCUUCGCAUGUGUCGAUACCUGCGGUCCCGCGUAGGGCCGACCAACAGCGUGGUGACUUAUGGCUCACACCUUGCCACCCACAUGGCCCUGGGACUACUGUUCCUGGGCAGUGGACGCUACACUCUCAGUACUUCCCCUUCCGCUGUUGCUGCCAUGGUCUGUGCCUUCUUUCCAAAGUUCCCCACACACAGCAAUGACAACAGGUACCAUCUGCAGGCAUUCAGGCACUUGUAUGUGUUAGCUGUAGAGCCCCGACUGCUGUUACCACGGGACAUUGACACUGGUCAUCUCUGCUAUGUUCAUCUGACAGUUGUGUACCUGGAUACAGUCCAUUAUACCGGACAGCAGGUUCGACUGCAGGCUCCCUGCAUACUGCCAGAACUGAGUAAAUUACAGGAGGUGAAGGUGGAGGAUGAUCGAUAUUGGGGCAUUGUGUUCCACCGUGACCGCAACUGGGAUCAGCUGUUGAACCUGUUGCAGUACUCAGAUUGUUUGGAUGUGAAACAGCGAGCUGGUUGUCUCUCAUACCUGGAAGACCCACAGGGUUUUCGCAGUCUGCUUGCACAAACGCUCACCAGUGAAACUACCAUCUCUUGGUCUAUACCGGCAGAGUCUAUCUGUGCUUUCUCAUCGGAUCCAACGAUGGUAAACUUUGCACAUUACUUCCUGGAAACGGAGGGAUGUGACGGCAGCAGUAGUGAACUGGAGGUGAUGCAGGUGUUGACCAUGUUAGUGUACGAAUGUGUGACGCAGGACAAGCUUGGUAUCCUUCCCAUUUGGAUUACUCUGCUCAAGGCAAUGAUGAACCUGCGUUCAAAGCAGACGCAUGUUUUCCUGACCUGGCAACUGAAGCUCCUAGCUGCUCAAGUGCUGACAGACAAGGCACCUUUUGAUUCAAAGCUGGUGGCCCCCAGUUUGGCUCUCUCUGUACAGCAGUAUGCCAACAUGGUUCUAGAUACAUGGCAGACAGAACUUGCACCGCUGUUACGCCAAUAUAUGACUGGUAAUCUGCAUCGGAACAGUGAGAACCUGCGCCAAUUGGUGACAUAUCUCACGUAUUGUGACAUUCCUUCACCGAGCAAACUUUCUUCAUUAUUGAAAGGAGACAUGGACCUGUUGUCUCUGUUUGCUCGUCUGCAACCACUUGGUCUCCCAAUGAGUACAGUACGCAGGAUACAGGAGAUCAUGUCCAGCACUUCGCACAACACAUGAUCAUGUGUACAACUGGUGCAGCACAUAUUAGGAUAAGUGCAGACUAGUGGACAUGUUUUUAUGUGCCCCUGCAUGGGGCAAAAUGUGUUAUGUCUGUUAUAAGUGUUUCCUUGUUUUUAAAAUGAGUUAGGAGAACCCAUAAUCUGGAGAUCAGUAGCAGACAUACAGGUGUUGGGAUGAUGACAUUUUUAAAAUGUAUGUAAUGAUUCAUCUAUAAUACAAGCAUUUCAGAAACAGCA